AUGCACUUUAAAGGGAAGCGCCACUGCGAGCAGCAGACCAACGGGCGGCGCGACGGCGAGAAGAGGCCACAAAAGCGACUUGAGGGGGAUGAAAUUAAUAAGAAAGGAUGCUUAAAAUUAUACCCGCUUUCUUUAUCGCAAUUAGAGUAUCUAGAGGCUAAAUUAGGAGAGUUUUUGGCGAUAGAACAGUUACAGAAACAAAACAGACAAGGAGUCCCGUUUGCCUUCAAAUUUCAUGCGAAAGCAAUAGCAGAGUGUCGACGCGGUGGUACCAAUGACCUGAUUUCUGAAGGAGCAAGGAAAGUAGUGACAGCGAAAGGGCUGAAGGUGAUCAGAAAAGCGAGGCUUCGAAUGGCUGUGCCGGCCGACGCGGUGUGCGAGGGCGCUUGUAGGAGAUUUGCACGAACACGUUCGGCCAUUCCAUCUUCCUUUAAUGGAGCGCACCCAUUGGUGACUGUUGAUUUGGAAACAGACCGCUCUAGCAUAUCUUCUGCAGUACACUCAAGUAAGACUAUUUUCCAAGAAGAAAAGCAUAAGAUGCUUGUUCCAUAUUUUUGGUAA